AUGCCCGAUCGCUCUAGCAUCGUCCAGAAAUUUGGUACUGGACGUCGAAAAAAUGCCCCCACCAUCUCACAGUCCAUGCAGCUCCCUGCCCGUUUUAAUUCUGGGGAAAACGACGAUGCGAACGAUGAAGAUGUAUGCGUAGCCGGAAAAAAUACACCCUUCAACAUGAACCAAAGCUUUUAUCAAGUCCUUACUGCUGCCACUUCAAAUAUCCGGAUGAGCUCUCGCUUCGACGACGAUUCAGAUGACUCGGACGAUGAUCCAACCACGCCCAAGGCGAUUGAUAAGAAGCUCAGAUCCAAGAUUCCUGGGUUACCACUUGGUCCUAAAAGAGAGUUGACGAAAGAUGUAAUUCAAGAGGAAACCGACGAUGAGGAAGAUGACCCAGUUCCCGCAGAACUGGCCGGAGCUGCUCUACAAAUGGCCAUUUCCACAAACAGUUUACAAGCAGAGACGCAGUUAAAUUCGCCAGCCUUUGCGGUAAAUACGCAGGACCAAGAGAACGAAACCUAUCACGACUUCGAAGAAAACGUAACAGCGAAAUCGAGUGGAAAUGGGGAUUUGGAAGAGAAAUUGAUGGAUAUUUUCAACUUGCCGGCGACCGAGAAGGUUAUUUCCGAAUACCCAUGCUGGCUUUUGAAAAGCGUGCUAUUACAGGGCUAUAUGUACAUAACCACUCGACAUAUCUGCUUCUAUGCAUAUCUCCCUCGGAAAGAUCAUGUCAUACUAAAAUCUGGUUACCUAUCCAAACGAGGCAAGUCUACUGUUAAAUUUACUAGAUACUGGUUCAUCCUGAAAGGCGAUGUUCUCUCUUAUUACACAAACCCAUCAGACCUAUACUUUCCCAAUGGAAACAUCGAUCUUCGGUAUGGUCUUCAGGCAAGUGUGGUUGAGGCCAAAGAUCCUAAAGAUUCGGUCAUGGUGACGCUUUCUACCAACGAGAGAAAGUAUUACUUCCGUGCGGACUCUUCAGCAAGUGCUAGAGAAUGGGUAAAGUCGCUCCAAAAGGUCAUUUUUAGGUCACACAAUGAGGGAGAUAGUGUGAAAAUUUCAAUACCAGUAGAAAACGUCAUUGAGGUUGAAGAGAGCCCAGUCUUGGAGUUUGCAGAUACCUUCAAGCUCAAGGUUGUUGAUAACGAUGAUACAUAUGCUAUCGACGAGUAUUUCUUCUCAUUCUUCAGUUUCGGGAAAGAUGCUUUGAACGUCUUGCGAUCGGCGGUAGAAAACUCUGCAGCAUCGAAGAUCCCCAGUCAUAUGUUUGGAGCACAUUCGGAGCCUCCUUCACCUGACCUGGGGCCAUUACCGGAUCGUUCGAUAACCCCAACUCUUAAGGAACCAGUACGGGCAACACUUUCCCCACUUUCACCCAAGUCGCCAACUAUCAGGAGCCCAAGGUCUAGUCCGAGGCCGAGUGGAGAGUUUACUCGUGGCAGCUUCGAUGUUCAAAGGGCAUCUAAAGAAAUACAGAAAAGAAUGGCAGAGGCCCCCAGACACAGUACCGAUCUGAGCACUAGUUCUUCCCCAGGACCCCUUCCCUCUGAUUCCGCACAUUCAUAUGCUCAUUCGUUCGGAGAAUCUUCUGAGGGGGUACAAUUAUCGAUGGAUGAUGAAGGAAAAGGAACAGCGAGCAGUAUUCUGGACAAGAGCGAUAUUUUUGACUCGCCAACAACGAAAAAACUUGGUCAUGGACGUUCAGACUCACAGAGCUCACACAAAUCCCACAGCUCUACCAGUAAAUCAAAAUAUAAAAAAGAUGUUUCAUCAUCUAAGGCAUAUACUGGCUCCCCAAGUCAAUACGAAUCUGAUGAGCUAAGUGGGAGCUCCAGCAACAACUCAGCAAGACUUCAGGACAUAGCCAAGACCGGAAACUUCCCCCUACAACGUGCCGCUAGUUGGGCGGGCUGGAUGAAGAAGCGGACGCAGGGUGUUGGCGCGCUCUUGGCUACCGAGUCCAUGGGAUAUUUGGAAAAAGUAUCGGACAUGUGGGUUGGUGGAAAGAGACAUUAUAAACCCAUGGGGAUGAUGGCGCAUGAAGAGGUUGAAGAUGCUGAAGAUGACGAUGGGAAUGCUCAAAGUCACGAUGCCAGUUUUAGGGCAAGGUUUGCACUCCCGCCACAGGAAAGACUGAUUGCAGUGUAUUUUGGAUACCUGCAUCGUGUUCUACCUUUGUACGGGAAGAUCUACCUUAGCAAUAGGAGCUUCUGCUUCAGGAGUAUAUUACCAGGGACAAAGACAAAGAUGAUUCUUCCUCUCAAGGAUAUCGAAAAUGUCAGUAAAGAGAAAGGCUUUAGAUUUGGCUAUUCGGGACUUGUCAUUACAAUCCGUGGUCACGAGGAACUAUUUUUUGAGUUUGGUCAACAAGACGCUAGGGAUGACUGCGGGCAAACUUUACGUGCCGGCAUAAACGACGUCCGAGUUCUUGCUGAGAGUGGAAUUUUGACCCGGGAAGAAAAACGAGGUGCAGAAAUGGCUAAAACCGAGUAUCAAAUGCUACAAGAUGCACGCCAAGAUGGUCAUAAUAUUCACGAUAUUCAACUACCACUGUCAGCAAAUGACGCAAGUUGUCAAGAUGCUCCACCAAUCGUAUUUGAUGAUCCCCAUGGAUCGAUUAUCAAUUUCAAACCGACCGAAUCGAUGCUCAUUACAUGUCUUACUAUUGGUACCCGCGGUGACGUGCAGCCGUUCAUUGCGCUUUGUAUUGGGCUUAUGAAGGAUGGGCACAGGACAAGGAUUGCGACUCACACAGAAUAUGGGGACUGGAUCAGAAGCUACGGGAUUGAUUUCGAGCCUGUAGAGGGGGAUCCAGCGGAGUUGAUGGAAUUAUGUGUUUCGCACGGAAUGUUUACUGUAGACUUUUUACAGGCUGCUACUUCAACGGUAAAAAUCCAUCCCCUUGGUGGUAAUUGCUAG